UUCCAUGCGGAACGAAGGUUAUAAAAAUCUGGUUGACAUUGACAUAUUGUAGAAAAUAAUUUUGUUUACUAUUAGUAAAAAUUGAAAUUGAACUAAAAAACAUGGACUCACCAGUGUAACAACAUAAGUGAAUUUUAUUGGUGUAAUAAUUGUACUGUUUUGGUUUACGUAUAAAUUUUUGUUAGGUAUUAGAAGAUAAGUCAAAAUUGUAAUAAUGAAGUUCACUCGAGGCUAUUACGACACAUUCGUGAAAACCUGCGGGAAAUAUCCUUCAAAUAACGCCGUAAGAGUUUACAGCAACGAUGAAUACAAAUGUUACACUUAUUCUGAAAUGUAUGGCGUGUGCGAGUACAUUGCACAGAGUCUACAACAAUUCCAAUGCAGCAAAAGUAUUAUUGGAUUGGUUUCAAAGACUAAUAUGAUAGUACCAUGUGUUAUUGCUGCGGCCCACAAAUGCUGUGAUAGUUUCAUGUUCCUAGAUCCAUCACAAGAUAUUGACAACAUUGCACGAGACAUGAAAUUCUCUUUGAUUAUUUCCAUUUUCAAAGAUGAAAUUAAUUCUGUAUCCAAUGUGCUUUGUAGAGUGCCUGACAAAGUCAUAACAGUAUUUGGCUUCUGUAUUAGCUUCUAUAACUACACCUCACCAACAGAGCAACUGUAUAAGCAAAUAGGUUACUCCUUUGUAGCCAUGACUUCAGGCAGCACGGGGGACCCAAAAAAAAUACAAGUGCCAAUAAACAGCAUACAACCCAAUAUUGAUGAUCUCACCAAAAUGUUCCAAAUAUUACCUCACGAUGUUAUUUACUUUUCUACACCACUAACAUUUGAUCCGUCAAUGAUUGAAAUACUGCUGGCAUGCAUGAAUGGGGCCUCACUGCUUAUUGCCCCUGAGAUUGUUGAUGUUUUAAUUCCUCACCAUAGGAAACACAAGGAGCAUGCAAUUACAAUAUGGCAAACAACACCUUCAAAAUUUUUACAACUUCCAAAUUCUAGCAUCAAAAAACUACUGAAAUCAAAAUCUCCACUCAAAAUUUUAGCACUUGGUGGAGAACCACUGAAUGGUUUGAACAGAUUAAAGCAGUUGAAAGACAAAGAGAAUAAAACUAGGAUAUUUACUUUAUAUGGAGUAACAGAAAUGUCCUGUUGGGCAUGUGCAGCAGAGCUGGACCUUGAUAAGGUCAUGACAGAUAGAGAAGUGCCUCUUGGAAAUUGUCUUUCAGAGACACAAGUUGUAUUAAAACCUAGUAAUGACAGCAGCAACAGCACAACUAGGAAAAUCAUAUUGGCUAGUAAAACUAGAAAUUGUGUUAUUCUAAACCAAAAAUCAUUUGGUGAUGAAAAAAACUCAUUGAAGUUUGUGGAUACUGGAGAUGUUGGUGAAAUACAAAAUGGCACAAUAUAUUAUAGAGGGCGCACUGAUGACAUUAUUAAGAGAUUUGGAUACAAAAUCAACUUGCAAUUUAUUGAGAGCAUUGCUAUGCACUGUCCAAGAAUCAAAGCCUGCUCCUGUAUUUGGAUGCCAAAGCCUAGACUACUAGUUGUUUAUUUCUCUUCAGAAACUUUCAGCAGCCAGAAUUUAUCAGACUUUUUGAAAUGUAAGCUUGAUGAUAGACACUGGCCUGACAAAAUUAUCAGAGUUAAUAACCUGCCCACUAAUGCACAUGGAAAGAUAACAAGGGCUCUUGUCACAAAAUCAUUCGAUAGAUUAGAUUGCCCUGUAACAUUCAACAGCUUAAAAGCUACAUUUUUAAUGGAACUUAGAGACCACCUUUCUCAAAGAUUUACAUAUGAUGACAUAAAAGACAAAGAUUUCUUCUCGCUUGGUGGCACCUCUUUCCUGGCUGUUAGUCUUUGUAAUAAGCUGUCGCAGAUCAAUGCUUGUUUUGGCAGAUGUCUGUUACCACAUUUAAUGACUCCUAUGAAAUCCAUUAGUCUAGUUAUGGAAGAGAUUAGAAAAGACAUUAACAAGAAUACAGCAAAACAUAAAGUACUUAAUAGAGAUAUGAAAACACUAAAGAGGGUAGCAUCAGAGUCAGUAAGUAGCGGUGUGGACCGCACAUCCCAUAAAAAAAAUUCAGCUACAGUCAUAUCUCCACAGAUAGUUAUUUUAUGGACAUAUAACACUAAUAAAUGUGUUGACGCGUCGCCGACUCUACUACAAACAGAUCAUAAUUUAUACGUAUGCGUGGGUAGUCAUUCAGGGAGAAUUGUGGCGAUCGACGUCUUGAGUGGUGUCGUGCAAUGCAUGAUACGGCUGAAAGCGCGAGUGGAGGCAGCUAUUUUCUGCUACAACCAAGAUCCCACGCGAACACCAUGUGGGAUUGUUGGCGCGUACGACGGCACUGUCAUGUGCUUUGUCAUUGAAACCGGCGAAGAGAAGUGGCAAGUUAAUAUUGGAAGUAUGAUAAAGAGCAAAGCAACAGUUUGCGAUGACUUUGUAUAUGUGGCAUCAUAUGACGGAAUUAUUCGGAAACUUGAUUUUAUGACAGGAGCAGUGAAGUAUGGAUUUGUAAUAUCGGAACAACCCAUUUCUGCCGAUUUGGUGCUAGCUAAAAACAAAUACGUUCUAACGGGGACGUUGUCAGGCACGUGUGCGAGCAUCAAUACGGCAUCUAACAUGGUCGCGUGGCGCACCACGCUCAGCAGCCCUGUUUUUGCCAGCCCCGCCCUAUACGACAAUGAUAAAUAUGUCGUUUUUGCCGAGGUCAACGGAGAAAUACACUGUAGAACUGUAGAAAAAGGGAUAAAGAUUUGGAGUUAUUUGGGAGCAAAGGGUAAUGUGUUCUCUUCAUUCUACAUCACAGAAGUGGAAAAAAUGAAAUGGCAAAUGGUGUUCGGAUGUCACGAUAACAAUGUGUACAGUAUACGUGUAAAGAAUUGUCUACCUGUAUUACAGUGGAAGACAGAACUAAGUUCGGCAAUUUAUUCUACGCCCUGUGGUCUCAACGACAGUCUGCUAAUAGCUGCUUCAAACAAUGGACGGUUAUGUAUUAUCACAGCUGAAAACGGCACGGUUUUGUUAGAAUUCCACUUGCCAAGUGAAACUUUCUCAUCACCAGCUACUUAUAAAGAUUACAUUUUUAUUGGAUGUCGAAAUGAUUUCUUGUAUUCACUUCUAUGUGUUACAUCAUGAUAAUUUAAUAAAAUUGGAAACUUGUAAAUACACUUGUGAAAUGUAAUAUCCAAUAUGUGAGUAAUAUAGAAUAUCUAGUUACCAGAAUUAAUGCAAAUAAUUUGUUUCAUAUUAUACCACAUCUUUUACUUAAAAUUUUAAUUAAAUUUUAUUGGUUAGCUUUAUUUUAAAAAAAAGUACAUUUUUAGACAAGUCUUC